AUCUUUGCCAAAAAAAAUCUAUAAACAUUUAAAAAGAAAAUUGAUAAUUUAAAAAACCUGCUUCAAGGUUUACAAAGACAUCUUAAAGUUUCUAAAUAACAAUAUAUUCAGAAUUAUUAUGAGUAUUACUGUUGAAGCCAAAAAACUUUCAGUUUGCUGCUCUGUUUUGUGUCACAUGCACAGUUAUAGCUUCAGAUGGGAUAGAUGCAGGAUAAUUUGACUCAAUAGGAGCUAGAUUUUGCUUCCCUGUACCAGAUGAGUACAAUCCAAAAGGAAACAGUUUUGGUGAGAUUGGUCUGGAUCCUGAAGCUUAUUUCCUGUCUAUAGGUAUGUGAUAUGAUUCUUACCCUCUUCCUUCUGAAAAGUUAUAAAUUAGGAUAUGAAAACUACGGAGGGCAGGGGGUUACUUCUGUUUGCAUUAGAACAGCCUUCAUUUUAGGCCAACCUAAGAAAAUUAUUUUUAAAUCCUUUUCCUAGACUAUGACUACUUGACCUGCGAUGUUCGAUCUCUUCUUUCUCUGACUCAGGCCAUAAAUUAGUUAUUAUUAACAGUAACAAAGGCUGGCUUAAGAAACAAAAUAUAUGCCAAGUCAAGGUUUCUUCAAGAAUAUUUGGGGGUUUUGUUCAAGCUUUAUCUACAUGUUACACAGUAAUUAAAAGUACCAGACCAGUGUUACUAACCUUCUUGGAAAGUUGAAGGCCCAUACUAAUCUGGUCAGAGGGACUUGAAGGAACAGUUUUUUGCCCCUUGCCCUCCAUGGUCAACUAAGUCCCAGGGGACUAUGGGGCAUCUCAAAAUGUCCUGUAACUAUAAUGAGUCACCUGUCCUCUUGUUCAGGAAAGCCAUGGAGAUCCCACUGGAUGGACUCUAACCAAUGUCCAGUCUACGAAGAGGAGAGUCAGUACACAAGCAAACUUAUCCUCACGUAGAUGGAGCUCCUAAAAUGCCAAAAGAGCUAGCACCCCCCAACCCGCAAGUGCUCCCUGAGGACUUGUGAGGUGCUUCACCAGAGAAGUCCACUCAAAGUUUUGCCAAAAGUCUUGCUGGCCAGCAGCUACACAAGGAUGUCAGAACCCGAAUGUGUAGCCCUGAGCCGUCUCUAGGGGUCUGGAAUGAAGGGUUCAUGUCUCAGCUUGGAAAACACCAGCUUAGACUUGUGAACAAUAAACAAAAGUUUCUUGUAACAUGGUCUCCCGAUCUGAGAAAGAAUUGCAGCAUAGCCAAGGAAAAGAGAAAGUUUUUCCAGCUUACUAGAAACAAAACUGCAAAGAUGCCAAGUGACUUGUGUGUUAGCCCAGUCACUUCCCCUAGAGUAUCACUUGAUGAGACAGAAUCAAACAUCUUCCUCUUGCUUGAAUAUCCAAACUCACAGGUGGUUCCUGGCUCUAGAACUCUGAGAUGCAUACAAAUGGAUUUCUUCCCAAAGUUAACAUGCCACUCAGCAAGUCACUAUCACACUGAAUCCCUGCAGUGUGUGGAGAGGUUGAAGACAGUGAGUUUCACCUGUAGCUGGAACUGUCAACUUUUUUCUUUCACGUUGAUUACAUUUUAAAGAAAUGGAAAGAUGCUUUCAGCUUAAUUUUUUUGUUAUAAGGACCCCCUACAUUACACAAGAUGGCCUCAAACUUUCAGCAAUUGCCUCAUCUACCUAAGUGCUGGGGUCACAGGUGUGUACUACCACAUUUGACUUAAAAGUGAUUUCAGUUUCUAGGGGUUUUCCAUAUCAUUUUUAUUUUGUUGUUGUUUUCAUACAGUAUUAAAAAGAAAAUGCAGUACAUUCACAUUUUCCUGAGCACCUGUACAGAAGCUCUCUCCAUGGAUGAGACUGUGAAGACUGAAGCUCAUUCUGUAAUAGCGUAAGAUAUAAAUGAUGUCUGUGUGUACAAACAUUUCUG